ACGGCGAUGAGAGACUGGCUUUUGCUCUCUCUCUCUCUUAACACGUCCUGCUCUGCUGCUUUUUUUUCUCUCGCUGCUAAUAGCUGGAAGAUAAGAAAUGCCUCGCAGUGCUUGUUUAGAAAGAGAGUGUGCGUCAGAGGUCUAAGGUUGUCAUGAGAGUUUCUGUGCUUGCAAUCGACUGGUGGAUCAGGACUCAGUGAUCAGGCAGCAGCCCCAGAUCCACUGACAAAAGUCCUCCCUGUCGUUCGUUGGGACGGGCUCCUGAUAAAUUAUUGAGCAGGCCGAGUCUGCUCAUCAUCCUGGCUUCAGUACUCUGGCAAUGUGAUCACACACAGCACUUCUUCAGUGGAGCUGACUGGCACUUAUUGUACAACAGAGACAGCUUGAGCUCAUAUCCAUUGCCUUCUUAACUUUCUGCAGCAUGGAAUGCAUGGUUUCUUUUCUACCUUUUGAAUUGUAUUGUGUCAGUUUAGCUAUUUUUCUACCUCAGAUCUGCACUUUAUUUUGAAAGCAGAACAUUUUUUUUUUAAAUGUGUGCAAACGAACUGCUACUUUUUAAAAAAAAAACAAAUUUUGGAAUUUACAACAGCAGCUUCCCGUCGGAUUCAGAAUGCCAGUCCAGAUUUUUUGCACUAUUUCUUUCGCUGCCGACGAUGAGAAAGCAGAGGAGAGGAGAAGGGAGGAGAGGUUUGAUCAGUUUUCUGAAGAGGACGGCCAUGCGGAAGACCACCAGUCCACUGGGGUCAGCCUGGCUGAGUUUGCUGCCAAUUCCAACCUGCAUGGGAUGGGCCACAUCUUUGUGAAAGGAGGCUGUGGUGUCCGGCAAGUCUUGUGGGGCUGCGCGUUCCUGUCUUCCCUCGCCAUCUUUCUGUACCAGGUGAUGGACCGGGUCAUGUACUAUCUGGAGUACCAUCAUAUCACGGCUCUCGACGAGAUGGACAGCCCCUUCCUGUUCUUCCCGGCGGUGACCCUCUGCAACUUCAACCGCUUCCGGCGCUCCAAGAUCACAUCCAUGGACUUGGCUUUGGCCGGCUCGUUGAUGGGAUACACCAAGGGCAUGGAUCCAGGGUUCCAGCUGGCGCCCCCGGUCAGGAACGACGGUGCCCCCUACAGCAUGUACGAGUUGUUCAACCGGACUAGUCAUCAGUUGGAGGACAUGCUGAAGGACUGUCGGUACCGGAUGGAGGAAUGUGGUCCUGAGAACUUCACGGUGGUGUUUACGAGGUAUGGCAAGUGCUACACUUUUAACUCCGGGCAGACUAAAGACCAACCAAUCCUGACAACGAUGAAAGGGGGAACUGGGAAUGGUCUGGAACUGAUGCUGGAUAUUCAGCAGGAUGAUUACCUUCCUGUCUGGGGUGAAACAGAUGAGACCUCCUUUGAAGCUGGUAUAAAGGUUCAGAUUCAUGGUCAGAAUGAGCCACCAUUUAUCGACCAACUGGGUUUCGGAGUGCCACCUGGAUUUCAAACAUUUGUUUCCUGUCAAGAACAGCGGCUAAUCUACUUACCUCCUCCCUGGGGAGACUGCAAAUCUACUCCAAUGGACUCAGACUUUUUUGAGACUUACAGCAUCACAGCGUGCAGAAUUGACUGUGAGACUCGAUACCUGGUGGAAAACUGUAACUGUCGGAUGGUGCACAUGCCAGGUGAUGCUCCAUAUUGUACACCGGAACAGUACAGAGAGUGUGCAGAUCCAGCCCUAGAGUUCUUGGUGGAGAAGGACAGUUCAUAUUGCACAUGUGAGACGCCCUGCAACAUGACUCGAUAUGGUAAGGAGCUGUCCAUGGUAAAAAUUCCCAGCAAGGCUUCAGCCAAAUACCUGGCCAAAAAGUACAACAAAUCAGAAGAUUACAUCGGGGAGAAUAUUCUUGUGCUGGACAUAUUUUUUGAGGCCCUAAACUACGAGACAAUUGAGCAGAAGAAAGCUUACGAGGUGGCUGGCUUGCUGGGUGACAUUGGAGGUCAGAUGGGUUUGUUCAUCGGUGCAAGUCUUCUGACUAUACUGGAACUUUUUGACUACAUGUACGAGGUGUUGAAGUACAAACUAUGUGGCAUAUUGAAAUAUGGAAAACAACAGAAGAGAAACAACAAUGACAAGGGAGUAACACUCAGCCUGGAUGACAUCAAACGCCAUAACCCAUGUGAGAACCUAAGGAGCCACCCAGCGGGAAUGACAUACCCAGCGAACAUUCUACCUCACCACCCGCCUCGCAGCACGUUUGAAGACUUCACCUGCUGAUAGCUGAGGCUCACGACUGGCAACCACUACGACACGCACUUAUCUCACGGUUCAACAAGCGGAAAGGAGACUGGACUGUCCACGGAGAUUGGAGCUGUCCAAUUCUGAACUACCAAAGUCAUUGAACAAACCUUCUGGAGACACACUCAAAAAACAACCCGACUACAUGUUUGAAACAAAAUGGCAGUUUUGGGGAUGACUGUUCCGUGGACUCCACUCAUUCUUACACUAACUUUGCGAAAAGAAAACCAACUUUUUUCUCUCAUCUAGAGUCAUAUUCCAGUUUUGUAAAAGGAAUUUUUUAUUCACUGAUUAUUGUAAACGCUUCUGUAGGCCGCUCAUAUCAUGUUAUGUGAUCAUGUUCUUAAGGUAAAACAAACAUUAGAGCACAUUUCACAUCAUCGCAAGUAAAACCUGUUGCUACAACAAUUAAUUUCCUAUUGCUGAUGGACUUUGUUUAUUAAUAACAUUUAUACCCAUUAUCUCUUCUUCCAUUGCCAAGUGGUCACUUUACACUAUAGAUCGCUCAGAGUUGGAAUGAAAAAGGACACCAAGUGGGGAAGUAGUGCAGGUUUGAUUGAGAGAUAAACACUGCCUCAUUUAUUUGUUAAAUUGCAGCUAAAAUCAUGGCAGACAGUGAGAAAUUUUUCUUGGGCACCAGUACAAGGAAGGUCAGAACAAAUUAGUCAUCACAGAAAACAGAAAUCAGGCAGAUUGUAAAACAGGUCAGUGAUUCACCCAUUUUAUACUUUCUCCCAAGAUUAAUCUCUCUUUCUCUAAAGAUAAAAUGGAAACAUUGAUCAAAUAGAUGCUUCCAAGUCCAGCACAUUUAAUGGGGGGAGGUGUUGUCCAGGAAAGUAGAUGGUAGCUAUUGGAAACAAACUAUAAGGCCAUAAAACAUUGGAGCAGAAAUUCGGCCUUUCAGCCCAUCGAAUUGUCUCUGCCAUUCAAUCAUGGCUUGAUAAGUUUCU